CUUUUCUGUGUACGAAAAGAGGUUGUGUUUGUUAAACGGUGUUGAUUUUUUUGAAAUACCGCAAGUAAAUAAAAAUGUAUGACCAGGAAGAGGAACAAUAUGAAGAGGACGAUUCCGAGGAAAUUAGUUCAGAACUAUGGCAAGAAGCUUGCUGGAUCGUUAUUAACGCAUAUUUCGACGAAAAAGGCCUUGUACGGCAACAACUUGACAGUUUUGAUGAAUUCAUUCAGAUGUCUGUACAGAGAAUUGUGGAGGAUUCACCUCAGAUUGAUUUAGUGGCAGAGGCACAGCACACUUCUGGAGAAUUAGAGAACCCACCCAGAUAUUUGUUAAAGUUUGAACAGAUUUAUUUAUCCAAACCAACCCAUUGGGAAAAAGAUGGUGCACCCUCACCUAUGAUGCCUAAUGAAGCAAGAUUGCGUAAUCUCACAUAUUCAGCUCCUUUGUAUGUUGAUAUCACCAAGACAAUUGUAAAAGAAAAUGAAGACCCAAUUGAGACACAACAUCAAAAAACGUUUAUUGGGAAAAUUCCCAUUAUGUUAAGGUCUACUUAUUGUUUACUCAGUGGUCUAACAGAUCGUGAUUUAACAGAAUUGAAUGAGUGCCCUUUGGAUCCAGGGGGCUAUUUUAUUAUUAACGGAUCAGAGAAAGUACUUAUUGCCCAGGAAAAAAUGGCAACUAACACUGUAUAUGUAUUCUCAAUGAAAGAUGGAAAGUAUGCAUACAAGUCUGAAAUUCGAUCAUGUCUGGAACACAGUUCCAGACCCACAUCCACCCUGUGGGUAAAUAUGAUGGCUAGAGGUGGUCAGGCUGUGAAGAAAGCUGCAAUUGGUCAAAGAAUCAUUGCUAUUUUACCAUAUAUUAAACAAGAAAUCCCUAUUAUGAUUGUAUUCAGAGCUUUGGGUUUUGUGGCUGAUCGUGAUAUUCUAGAACAUAUCAUUUAUGACUUUGAUGAUCCAGAGAUGAUGGAAAUGGUCAAGCCCUCACUAGAUGAGGCUUUUGUUAUCCAAGAACAGGGUGUAGCUUUGAACUUUAUUGGUUCAAGAGGUGCUAGGCCUGGUGUUACCAGAGAAAAGAGAGUGAAAUAUGCCAGAGAAAUUUUACAGAAGGAAAUGUUGCCACAUGUCGGCGUUUCUGAUUUUUGUGAAACAAAGAAAGCUUAUUUCUUGGGCUACAUGGUACACAGGUUACUUCUCGCCGCCCUAGGUCGUCGAGAACUGGACGACAGAGAUCACUACGGCAACAAACGUCUGGAUUUAGCUGGUCCAUUAUUGGCUUUUCUAUUCAGAGGAUUGUUCAAAAAUUUGAUGAAAGAAGUCCGUAUCUACGCUCAAAAGUUCAUCGAUCGUGGAAAAGAUUUCAAUCUAGACCUGGCCAUCAAAACGAAGCUGAUCACAGACGGCCUGCGUUACUCUUUGGCCACUGGAAACUGGGGCGACCAGAAGAAGGCUCAUCAAGCCAGAGCUGGAGUGUCUCAAGUAUUGAACAGAUUGACAUUCGCCUCAACUUUGUCUCAUUUGAGGCGUGUAAACUCCCCGAUUGGUCGUGACGGCAAACUGGCCAAACCCCGUCAAUUGCACAACACCCUGUGGGGUAUGAUUUGCCCGGCCGAAACACCAGAAGGUGCCGCCGUAGGUCUGGUAAAGAACCUUGCUCUUAUGGCCUACAUUUCGGUCGGAUCCCAGCCAUCGCCUAUAUUGGAGUUCUUGGAGGAGUGGUCCAUGGAAAAUCUGGAAGAAAUUGCCCCCUCCGCAAUCGCUAACGCUACAAAGAUUUUCGUCAAUGGAUGCUGGGUCGGAAUCCACAGAGAUCCAGAACAGUUGACGGCCACUCUAAGAAAAUUGCGUCGUCAGAUGGACAUCAUUGUGUCAGAAGUAUCUAUGAUUCGAGACAUCCGUGAUAGAGAAAUCAGAAUUUAUACAGACGCAGGUCGUAUUUGCAGACCUUUGCUCAUUGUUGAAAAUGGUGGUUUGCUGUUGAAAAAAGAACACAUAGAUAUGUUAAAGGAAAGAGAAUACAAUAACUAUGGGUGGCAAGUAUUGGUAGCGUCCGGAGUCGUCGAGUACAUCGACACCCUGGAAGAAGAGACUGUGAUGAUCGCCAUGUCUCCCGAUGAUUUGAGGCAGGAGAAAGAGUACGCAUACUGUACCACAUACACUCAUUGCGAAAUUCAUCCCGCCAUGAUUUUGGGCGUGUGCGCCUCUAUCAUUCCAUUCCCCGACCACAACCAAAGUCCCAGGAACACUUAUCAAAGUGCUAUGGGUAAGCAAGCUAUGGGAGUGUACAUUACGAACUUCCACGUGCGGAUGGACACCCUGGCCCACGUGUUGUAUUACCCCCACAAACCCCUGGUCACAACCAGAUCCAUGGAGUACUUGCGGUUCAGAGAGUUGCCUGCGGGCAUUAACAGUAUUGUAGCUAUUGCCUGUUACACAGGGUACAACCAAGAAGAUUCAGUCAUCUUGAACGCCUCCGCUGUCGAGCGAGGCUUCUUCAGAUCCGUGUUUUACCGUUCCUACAAAGAUGCUGAGUCCAAACGUAUUGGUGACCAGGAGGAGCAGUUUGAGAAGCCAACAAGACAGACAUGUCAAGGCAUGAGAAACGCGCUUUAUGACAAAUUGGACGACGAUGGUAUUAUCUCGCCAGGUAUUCGUGUAUCAGGUGAUGAUGUGGUUAUUGGAAAGACCAUGACUCUGCCUGAGAACGAUGAUGAGUUGGAUGGUACAACAAAGAAAUUCACAAAACGUGACGCAUCUACGUUCUUGCGUAACAGUGAAACUGGCGUCGUUGAUCAGGUAAUGUUGACGCUGAAUUCAGAAGGCUACAAGUUCUGCAAGAUCCGUGUAAGAUCAGUAAGAAUACCACAAAUUGGUGACAAAUUCGCUUCUCGUCACGGACAAAAGGGUACAUGUGGAAUUCAAUACAGACAAGAGGAUAUGAUUUUCUCAUGCGAAGGCAUCACCCCCGACAUUAUCAUUAACCCCCACGCUAUCCCAUCUCGUAUGACAAUCGGUCACUUGAUCGAGUGCAUCCAAGGGAAAGUAUCUUCGAACAAGGGCGAAAUCGGUGACGCCACACCCUUUAACGACGCUGUAAACGUACAGAAAAUCUCAACACUUUUACAAGAAUACGGCUAUCAACUGAGAGGCAACGAAGUAAUGUACAACGGUCAUACAGGCAGGAAAUUGAACGCCCAAAUUUUCUUGGGACCCACCUAUUACCAGCGUUUGAAGCACAUGGUGGACGACAAAAUCCACUCUAGGGCCCGUGGCCCGGUGCAAAUUCUCGUAAGACAACCUAUGGAAGGUCGUGCCAGAGAUGGAGGUCUUCGUUUUGGUGAGAUGGAACGUGAUUGUCAAAUAUCACACGGAGCCGCUCAAUUUUUAAGAGAAAGGCUGUUCGAAGUUUCCGACCCGUAUAGGAUACACGUGUGUAAUUUCUGCGGUUUAAUUGCGAUAGCCAAUUUAAGGAACAAUACAUUCGAAUGUAAGGGAUGCAAGAACAAGACGCAAAUAUCGCAGGUCAAGUUGCCGUAUGCGGCGAAAUUGCUCUUCCAAGAGCUAAUGUCCAUGAACAUCGCACCCAGGUUGAUGGUUUUGUAAGUGGUGUUGUCAAGAGGAGGCUAUUUUUUCAUAGUUUUAUGUAAUGAAAUAAAAUUAUUAAUAAAGUUUUUAUGAGAA